AUGGCAGAACAGCAUAAAGAUGGCCUCCCGGACGGUGUCGCGCCGCCACGGAAGAAGACUAACGUCCGGUUCGCUUUUGCCUGCGCCAUCUUGGCCUCCAUGACCUCCAUCCUUCUCGGCUACGCUAGUGACUGUCUUCAUGUUACUUAUACGUGCUUUCUAGACAUCGGGGUGAUGAGCGGCGCGGCGCUGUUCAUCAAGGAGGAUCUCAAGAUCUCAGACGUGGAGGUGGAGGUCCUGCUCGGCAUCCUCAACCUCUACUCGCUCAUCGGCUCCUUCGCGGCAGGGCGCACCUCCGACUGGAUCGGACGCCGGCUCACCAUCAUCCUCGCGGCCGUCAUCUUCUUCGUCGGGGCCCUCAUGAUGGGCUUGUCGGUGAACUACCCCAUGCUCAUGGCUGGCAGGUUCGUGGCGGGCAUCGGCGUCGGCUACGCGCUCAUGAUCGCGCCCGUCUACACGGCCGAGGUCUCGCCGGCGUCAUCACGGGGGUUCCUCACCUCCUUCCCCGAGGUGUUCAUCAACUUAGGCAUCCUGCUCGGCUACGUUUCCAACUACGCCUUUUCCCACCUCAGCUUGAAGCUCGGCUGGCGCCUCAUGCUCGGCAUCGGCGCCGCGCCUUCCGUCGUCCUCGGGCUCAUGGUGCUCGGCUUGCCCGAGUCCCCGCGGUGGCUGGUCAUGAAGGGCCGUCUCGCCGACGCCAAAGUGGUGCUCGGCAAGACCUCCGACACGCCGGAGGAGGCCGCCCUGCGGCUCGCGGACAUCAAGGAGGCGGCCGGCAUCCCCGCGGACCUCGACGGGGACGUCGUCGCCGUGGCCAAGAGGACCGGCGGCGAGGAGCGCGUGUGGAAGGAGCUGAUCCUGUCCCCGACGCCCGCCGUCCGGCGCGUGCUCCUGUCGGCGCUCGGCAUCCACUUCUUCCAGCAGUCGUCGGGCAUCGACUCGGUGGUGCUCUACAGCCCGCGCGUGUUCCAGAGCGCCGGCAUCACCGACAAGAACAAGCUGCUGGGCGCCACGUGCGCCGUGGGCGUGACCAAGACGGUCUUCAUCCUGGUGGCCACGUUCACGCUGGAUCGCUUCGGCCGCCGGCCUCUCCUGCUGACGAGCACCGGCGGCAUGAUCGUCAGCCUCGUCGGCCUCGGGUUCGGGCUCACCGUGAUCGGCCACCACCCGGAGGGCACCACCAUCCCCUGGGCCAUCGGCGUCUGCAUCGCCUCCAUCCUCGGGGUGGUGGCCUUCUUCUCCAUCGGGCUCGGCCCCAUCACGUGGGUGUACAGCUCCGAGAUCUUCCCGCUUCACCUGCGCGCGCUCGGGUGCGCGCUCGGCGUCGGCGUGAACCGCGUCACCAGCGGGGUUAUCUCCAUGACCUUCCUGUCGCUGUCCAAGGGCAUCACCAUCGGAGGCAGCUUCUUCCUCUACGCGGGCAUCGCCUCGCUCGCCUGGGUCUUCUUCUUCACCUACCUCCGCGAGACACGCGGCCGCACGCUGGAGCAGAUGGGCGACCUCUUCGGCAUCCCCAACAUGGCCGACGACAGCGACCAGCAGUCGUCGCCCGGCAAGGAGAAGAAGACCUCGAGCAACGUCGAGAUGUCAUCAUCGACUGCCACUAGUAGUGAUAUCAGAAACGAGUGA